UAAUCCAUUGUAGUAGUAGGAGUAUGUUUCUGUACAGGGAACUGAAACCUCUGAAUGAUGAUGAUCAGAGACCCACCUCGAUCAAAUCCAACCAUUCAAAUCCCGCCGGCAUGUGACUUCCGUUUUGUAGAUGAUCAAAUGCCCACUGUUCACUCGCCGCUUAACACUUUUGCAGCAUUACAACAUUAUUUGCAGUCGAAGAAAGAUGGCGACGGAAUGGAAGGAGAAGUAAACGGCGUCGUAAUAGUAGAAGAAGAUGGGAUUGAUGAUGUUGAUUAUGAUUUUCCGAUAGAUGCAUUUUCGUCAGAUGAUUUUCGGAUGUUUGAGUUUAAGGUGAAGAAGUGUUUACGUGUUAGGUCACAUGACUGGACGGAAUGCCCGUUUGUUCAUCCCGGCGAGAAGGCUCGCCGGCGGGAUCCCCGGAAGUUUCAGUAUUCCUGCGCCGGUUGCCCUGACUUCAAGAAGGGACUGUGUAGAAAGGGAGAUUCAUGCGAGUACGCACACGGCGUAUUUGAGACUUGGCUCCACCCGGCUCGCUACCGUACACAGCCUUGUAAGGAUGGCACCCAUUGCCGGCGGCGCGUCUGUUUUUUCGCCCACACACCGGAUCAGCUCCGUGCAUGUUCACCGAGCCCGGACUUUUCACCGAGCCGAUUUGGUCAUUCCCCGGCUUAUGGGCAUUCCCCGGCGUCCUCUCCGGCGAAUGGGUCGCCACCUAAGUCGCCGAGGGGAUCAAGUCGUAACUCGGUGAGUGGACUUGCCGAAUCGAUACGGGGUAUGCAGAUUAACAAGGUGCGGAUGGGCCUUAGCUUGAGCCCGCCAACAUGGGGCCUUCAGAUAGGAUCCGGUUUCGGGUCACCUCGGAGUCCGACAAGAUUCCUACCCGGAUUCUCGAGUUUGCCUUCAACUCCGGCUUGGACCCGGACUCGGUCCGGAUUCAAGGCGUUUGACAUCUCAGAAACCGGCGAAGAAGAGGAACCAGUUAUGGAGAGUGUGGAGUCUGGUAGGGACCUACGGGCGAAAAUCUACGCAAAACUCAGUAAGGAAAACUCGCUCCAUCGAGUCGAUUCCAGCAAUACGGAUACUGAUGUCGGCUGGGUUUCAGAACUCGUAAAAUAACGAUCCGGUUUGGAUUUCGGUUUUGGAUUAUGAGCAAUCGGGUGAAUGGCUUUUGACUGUGAAUAUUAUCCGUUGACUUUAUUAUUGAAGAGGAUUGCUUUGUAAUUUGUUAAUAGUUUAAUUGUCAAUUUGAUUUCUGAUUUUUUAUUUCAAUGUCAAAAUUUCGAGAUGUAUUUUCACCUGUAAAAUUAAUUUUCUCCUUGAGAAUUAAAAUCUUCUCCGUACCAUUAUAUUUAA